UGUAUUAAAUGAAGCAUUUUAUGAGGUUCUCUAAAAUAAGUAAAGCCUUCAAAGAAGUGCCAUCCCAAUAUGUUUAUCAAAUCAAUCCAAUCUAAAACUUUGAGUAAAUAAAAUAGUUUAGAGUUAUUGAUUUGGAAGGUAAUCUAAUUGCUAAGGAAUAUAAUAAUAUUCCAAAAGAAACACUCAAUCAAAUAUUUGAUUUGAUGUUAACUGUAAACAUGUUUAUUUUGAAGUUUUUUAGAUUGAAGAGAUGGACAACAUCCUUUACAUGUCUUAAAGAUAAGGAAAAAUUUCAUUUUACAUGACUUCAUUUGGUGAGACAGCUACAACUGUUGGCACUACAGCUGCACUCUAACCAUAAGAUUUCAUAUUUCCAUAAUAUAGAGAACAAGGUAGUUUUAUGUGGAGAGGAUUCACAAUUGAAUAAAUAGUAAAUCAAUGUAUAGGAAACCAUUUAGAUGGUGGAAAAGGUAGAUAAAUGCCUGUACAUUAUGGAAGUAAAGAUUUGAACAUAGUCACUGUGUCAUCACCUCUAAGUAAAAUAUAAUUAAUUGACGUAUUAUAGCUACUUAAGUACCAUAAGCAAGUGGAGCAGGAUAUGGAUUUAGAGUUAAUGGUGAAAAUAAGAUUGCAGCUACUUGGUUUGGAGAAGGGGCUGCUUCUGAAGGAGAUUUUCAUUCUGCAAUGAAUUUUGCAUAGACCUUAAAAUGCUAAACAUUAUUUUUAUGCAGAAAUAAUCAUUAUGCCAUCAGCACACCUACAGAUGAUCAAUUCAAAGGUGAUACAAUAGCUGGCAAAGCUCCAGCAUAUGGAAUGAGAACAUUGAAAAUUGAUGGUAAUGAUUUAUUGGCUGUUUAUAAUGGAGUUAAAUAUGCAAGAGAAGAAAUUAUAAAAAAUAAAGAACCAUUCUUUAUUGAAUUUAUUACUUAUAGAGUAAUUAUUAUAUAAUAUAUAUAUAUAGAUUGGAGAUCAUUCAACAUCAGAUCAUUCUGUAUUGUAUAGAUCAUAAGAGGAAAUUGAUUCAUGGAAAUCAGGAAACAAUCCAAUUAAUAGAUUAGGAUUAUUUUUGAAAAAGUAAGGACUUAGAUAAUUUAAUGAUGAACAUGAUAAUUAAAUUAGAAAAGAUGUUAAAAAUAGAGUGAUUGCUGCUUUGAAACAUGGAUCUGAAUGUAUUUUAUUUAAUUAUUAUAUAAAAUAGAAUAAUCACCAUCAAUUCAUGAUUUGUUCACUGAUGUUUAUGAUGAAGUCUUACCUCAUCUAUAAGAUUAAUAUACUUAAUUAAGAGAACAUUUAACUAAAUAUAAAGAUCAAUACCCAAUCAAUAAAUUUAAAGGUGGAUUAUGAUU